AUGGAAGAAAGCGACGAGAAGAAGGCAGAAGAUAUGGAGCAGCAGGUGGAGAGAUCAGAAGAAAAGGACUCUGAACUGAUGCAGCAGAAAACCGAGGAGAGUAGAGAAGAGAGAAAGGAGAAGAAAAAGAAGAAGAAACGGAAGAUGAAGAAGAACAACCAGGUUGCCUCUGAGACACCAAUCCCAUCACCUGCCGUAUACGUACUUCCGCCCAUUCGUGCUCCUGGAGAGAGCUCGAGGAUGCUGGCCAUGGGAGGUCCGGCGGGCAGGACACCGCUGGAGCCGCUGACAGAACCCAAUAAUCAAGGCACGGCCAACGCAAAUUUAGGAGAACAGACGUACAUCAACGAGGAUCGGAUCGAGAUGGAAAUGUUCAGGACGGACCACAGAGAGCUCCCGUUUCACAGCAAGGGGGCAUCGAGUAAUCGUUAUGGGACUUCUGCUCCUACAUCCGCGAGAAAACCCUGGACGAAGCGCCCUGCCUUCAUCUCUGCCCUGAUUUUUGCGUGUCUCGCCGUGGCAGGGAUGGUGGUCGGUGUGCUGGUGGUCACGGGUGUGAUCAACACUGGAGGACCACUGUCUUCUGGUAACUUACACGGCACCAAUACGACAUCAGACACCACCCCACAACCCCGCCCAUUGGUCAUAAUGGUGGAUGGAAGUUGGACAACUUGGACGGCAUGGCAAGCCUGUGACGUCACCUGUGGCGGUGGAGUACAGCGCAGGACUCGGGCGUGCACCAACCCUCCACCGGCGGACGGGGGGCUCGACUGUGCCGGCCGCGACGAGCAGGCCAGGCCCUGUAGUGACUGGAAAUGUCCCAACUGUUCCCGCGUCUGCACAGUCGGUACGUUAAACGCCGCCUGUGACGCCUGCAUGUGUGACAACCACGUCCUGGACGGCAGUGUGACGGACACCAGAAACGCUCCACUGGAUGGUGCAGAGAUCUACCUCGCCGAGAAGCCGUGGGAAGUCGCCUCUACGACCAACUCAACUGGCCGCUUCGCCCUGGCCGGAGCCUGCUCACAGGGCACUCUCAUCCUGGUCAGGAGAGGGGGAUACUUCGAGGAGUACGCCAACUCUACUCAACUGGGCAACGAGACAUCUUCUGUUGCAGUGAAGAUGAGGGUCAUGGGGCCACCGGUCAUGGAAGAGAAUCCAGUACGAAAGGUCCGGCUUGUCAGACAGGACGUGACGUUUUGCUGCAGAGCCCGUGGAACACCGAUGCCUUCUUACUAUGAAUGGUUCAAAGACGACCGUGUGCUGGACGAGGACGUGUACCGGUACAACGAGACCCUAACUCUGUACGACCUACAGGAGGAAGACUCGGGGGUCUACAAGUGCCGGGCCAACAGCGACGCGGGGGCCAAGUACUCAAAAGGGGCGCUGCUCACUGUUUAUGAUAACGGCACACCAAUGUGCGACUCGACGCCGGCCAACAAGCUUAUCGACCUUCCCAACGACUGUGUCCAGCCAGACACCAGCACGGCCAGGUACGACAUCGGGACCUGCUCACGGCAAAAGUGUGCGGGGGACCUGGGCGGCGACGACAAGAGCUGUCUGGACAACAAGAAGUUCUGCUGUUCACCGGUAGCGUCAGCAACUCGCACAGUACAGUGCAGUGAUUAUAGUUUGGAUGUAACUGUAACGACAAGUUGUGGGUGUGGGGAAUGUGUAGAACUAACGAAAAGGGUUAGUGGUCGAGCUUUUGGCAUGCAGAAUGGUACAGAGAUACCUCUAGACCAAGGUGACAUUAUAAUGGACGGCGAAAUUCAGGGCUAUACAAGUCAGACAGGUGAAUUCGAGCUGAAUGUACCACUGACAGUUGAUCAGGUGACUGUCACAUUUAAGGAUUUUUACAAAAGCUUAGUCACGACAACAAAAGUUCUGCCCGUUGAAGAAGGCAUUGAGCCGUACUACACAGUAAGGAUGCAGGUCCGGCCGCCAGCCAUCCCCCUUAACGCUUCCGAAACCAAUACCAUAAGCCUUGGCACCCUGCCGGGUCAGCCCCCGGUAGCAGAAGUAGACAUCCCUCCUAACUCUUUCUUUACCGAGAAUGGCGAUCCUUACACAGGCACAGUUCAGGCUAGUGUGGGUUUUAUAGACCCCAGAAACCCCGACGACUUUGACGCCAUUCAGAGCGAUCUGACCACAGUUGAUGAGGAGGGGACCCAGCAGGCUUUGCGCACUUUUGGCAUGUUUUCUAUGGACUUUGAAGAUGAUGUAGGAAACCCUGUAGUUAUGGGAGGGAAGAUGACGAUGCAAAUAGAUCCUCAACAGGUCAACAUCGAUCCAGGUGAUGUUGACGAAAAUGGAAACCUGAAUUGCAAGUUGUGGUCCAUGAACCCCAGGUCUGGGGAGUGGGAGUUGGUGGGUAAUCUGAGGACAGGGACGGCAUCAAGGAGGGGGAAACGACAAGAGACGUUUAUCAUAGGCGAAUUUGAAUAUCAAGGGUACCCAAUCAACUGUGACAAACGUGAGACUACGGAUAGGAGAUGUUGGGUCAAAGUCAGAGUGUACAAAGACGAAGAUGCAGCUAAAAACGCAAAAGAAAGUGACCAAGAACGUGGAGCACAAGCAAUAGUACUCACCGUAGACACACCUGAUUACACCUCGAGCUGGUGGGGUUCGAGUAGCGGUUUAAGUCGGUAUCAGACCCUAACAGUAGGUGCUAACGGCGCGUGUGUAGAGACGUUCUGUGAGCCCACCGGGAGGGAGUUUAACGCGUCCGUACUGGUUAGUCACGGAAACCGUACGCUGAAACCCCUAAACGUUAGGGAUCAGCCCCAUCCCACAAAAUGGCCCACUGACCUAGAGAACAGUGUGGAACAUAACGAUGAUCCCCGGUUCCCGAUCAUCUCGUUUGAUGUGUUCAAACCGACCGCAUCAGACAAUGGUCCUCUCUACACACAGCAGUCCCUGUGUAACGCUGCACCCAUUGAACAUAAUCACAUUGCUUUCUACAACACAGAAUACGAACCUUACAUCUUCCCUCCUUAUGUCUUUGAUGAGGCACAGUACAAUGAACCCAUCAACGAGCUAUCCUGGUAUAACAGGGAAGACAGUAACAAGACUGUGUGCUUCAUCAAAGUUAAGGUUAGUUUCAACAGACCAAACGGUAAAGUAGAAAUCCGUACAAAAAGCGAGGGAGGGGGAGGUUACCCUGACAAUACCGGGAAAGUUUACGGGAUUCGGGAUGACGAAAUCGACUUAGGGAAUAGCUCAACCGGUUUCGGUUGUCUGGAGUUUAAGUGUCCCGGUCCGGUCAUGACCAGUCCGGGAGACGGCAUGCCCCCCCGUCGGCUCCAUGGUAACCCAGAGGACACUGUACUGCUGACUGUGCAGGCUAAAACUGCAAGGUGUUAUUACCAACGUAGCAACAAUCUCUUUAGAACUGCUUAUGAUUAUAGGGACAGUAAAGCUGCAAAUUUUACAACAAAUCCUGUCACAGGUACCACAGAUGAUACCUCUGGUACCACUACCAAUACUACCACUGCUAGGGCUACUGCUACAAAUCCUACCACAGAUUACACUGCUGCGACUUACGAAACUACAGAUACCCCUGCUAGUCCUACUGCGUACAGAUCUACUCUUUACACGGGACCUACCUGGCCAUGGCAGUGGACGUUUCCCAAUAGACCUAACGGAAUCAGCCCUGCCACGUAUACAGGUAUAGAGUUCGUGAGCGCAGGGAACAACCAUGUGAAAAUAAGGCUCCCUACAGGAACCGACUUUAGCGGCGUACCAGGCAUAUACAUGAAACAGGGUGAGAAGAAGGUUGGGUACAACGCCGCUCACGAGUACUGUAUGAAGGGCACCGAAACACCUGGUGCACCUGAUAGUAUGGUAAACUGGGGAGUAGAGUUCUACUGCCUUUCCUAG